GCGCAGUGGCUUCGCGGAGCCCGCGCGUGCGGCAGUCUCUCUCCGUGGCCUCACCCGCGCCCGCGCCCGCCUCGCUCCUGCCGUGACCCUCGUAUAAAGCGGUACGGCCGCGCGCACUCGCACGCAGUCACGACCCAACCACGCUCUCUCGUGCAGUCACCUGCCACGCGACUCACACGGACAUUUCCGCGACACUACGCGAUCCUCAAUCAACAAACCGACAUACAGACAGUCUACUACUAGCAACCAUGGCGCAGGGACAAUGUGAAUGGGGCUACACCGGCGAAAACGGACCAGAGAAGUGGGCGGAGAAGUUCCCCGAAGCCGCGGGUACUAAGCAGAGCCCCGUGGACAUCGACACAUCAAGCGUAUGCACGGGACGGAACGCGCCGGACCUCAAAUGGUGCUAUUCUGUGAACCACACGCGCUCCGUCGUCAACCCCGGCUACUGCUGGCGUGUAGAUGAGAACGGAUUUGACUCAGAACUUCGUGGAGGUCCCUUGGGCAACAACGUGUACAAGCUCGAGCAAUGGCAUUGCCACUGGGGCUCGAAGAAUGGGGAAGGUUCCGAGCAUACCGUGGAUGGCAGGUCCUUCUCCGGAGAACUACACUUGGUACACUGGAACACCAGCAAAUACAACAGCUUCGCUGAAGCCGCGGGGAAAGAAGACGGGCUGGCCGUGCUUGGAGUGUUUCUUAUAGCGGGGGAGAAGCACAAUGAGUUGGACAAGGUUAUAAGGAUGCUACCGUUCAUCCAGCACAAGGGCGACAAGGUGACCAUGUCGGAGCCGUUGGACCCCGCCAACCUGCUGCCGGCGCGCAUGGCCUACUGGACCUACCACGGCUCGCUCACCACGCCGCCCUGCACCGAGUCCGUCACCUGGAUCAUAUUCAAGGACCCCGUCGAGUGCUCAGCUGAGCAGCUAGCGCUGAUGCGCACGCUGCGGUGCAGCGAGGCGGCGCACGGCGUGGAGGUGCUGGAGCUGCGGCACAACUUCCGCCCCACGCUGCCGCUGGGCAAGCGCGAGCUGCGCGAGUACGGCGCCGGCGGCAACUAGCGACGUCCAGCGCCCGCGCAGGGACCCGCACCGACUCUCAAGUCUGACAGUGAAGUGUGAUUUCAAACGGAGAAGACGGAAACCCAGAUUCUCAACGCGCACCUUCACUCUGACCUUGUAACCAGUACUUAUACAGGUGUAUGCAUGCUAGUUAACUCGAAAAUUAUACACGCGUUGUUAUCACGUUUGGUAGUGGCGUUACGAAUGCACAAGUCGAUGAGAUUAAUACAGACGUUUGAUAGCACCCAGACUGAUUUGCAACUGUAAUAUUAACUGCCCUCAAGUAAAACAACAUUGAGACGACAGUGAACUCAGAGUGCUAAGGUAGAAUGUAGUAAAGUGAAACAAUACAAACAAUGUGCCUUAGUUGACACUAUCCUAUCUACCAUAUUAUAUAAAAAUAGAAAACGCUAUAUUCAUAUAGAAAUCUUAUUUACUCUAAAGGGUAUAAGGAAGUCAUUAUUUACUGCACGUUUAUCAAAUUGUAGUGUGUAUGAGUGUAUUUUGAAGUAAUUAUAGAGCACUAUGCAUUUAAGUGACCUACUCAAUGCUAAUAAAAUAGAAAGAACAAAAGGUAUCAGAAUUACAAUGAUGAUAUUAUGCUUAAUAAUGAUAUGUGAUGUGAUAUUUUAUGUGCACUAUUUAAAAGCUAAAAUUAUGUUAUUAUUGUGGAGUAUAAAUGUGUGCCUCUGAUGUAGACGACGCAGUUAUGUUAACUGCGACAUAGUUAGGUAGCAGAUACUAAUUAGUAACUAAUUUGAAACAUAUUUAUCGUUGUAAGAA